AGUUGGCGCCUGAAUACCACACUCUUGAAAGAAGAAAAAAAUAAAAAUUAAAAACCCGCCCUUCCAUUAUUACCCUCCCUCAGCUCCCAUAACCAUAACCAUAACCCUCUCUCUCUCUCUCUGUAUAUAUAUAUGCACGCAAAUAUAUAUGUGUAUGAAUCUGCACUUCAUUUCAAAUCCCAACAAAAAACCAAAGUAAUCUAACAAAGUAAGCACAAUGAGGGAGAUAUUGCACGUGCAAGGUGGGCAAUGCGGGAACCAAAUCGGUUCCAAGUUCUGGGAAGUGAUAUGCGACGAGCAUGGCAUCGACCCCACCGGAAAGUACACCGGCGACGAGGCCUCCGAUCUCCAACUGGAGAGGAUCAACGUCUACUACAAUGAAGCCUCCGGCGGAAGGUACGUUCCCCGGGCCGUCCUCAUGGAUCUCGAGCCCGGCACCAUGGACAGCAUCAGAUCCGGCCCAUACGGCAAGAUCUUCCGCCCCGACAACUUCGUCUUCGGCCAGUCCGGCGCCGGCAACAAUUGGGCCAAGGGCCACUACACCGAAGGCGCCGAGUUGAUCGACUCUGUCCUCGACGUCGUUCGCAAAGAAGCCGAGAAUUGUGACUGCUUACAAGGUUUUCAAGUGUGUCACUCACUUGGAGGAGGCACGGGUUCUGGCAUGGGAACACUGUUGAUAUCGAAGAUCAGGGAGGAGUACCCGGACAGAAUGAUGCUCACAUUCUCUGUUUUCCCAUCCCCAAAGGUCUCUGACACGGUUGUGGAGCCUUACAAUGCUACUUUGUCCGUUCACCAACUAGUGGAGAAUGCAGAUGAGUGCAUGGUUCUUGACAAUGAAGCACUCUAUGACAUUUGCUUCAGGACCUUAAAACUCACCACUCCUAGUUUUGGUGAUCUGAACCACCUGAUUUCUGCGACAAUGAGUGGAGUGACAUGUUGCUUGAGGUUCCCCGGACAACUGAACUCCGACCUGAGGAAGCUAGCAGUGAACCUGAUCCCAUUCCCACGUCUCCACUUCUUCAUGGUGGGGUUUGCACCUCUCACCUCACGCGGGUCUCAGCAGUACGUGUCCCUCACUGUCCCCGAACUCACCCAGCAAAUGUGGGACGCCAAGAACAUGAUGUGUGCCGCCGAUCCUCGCCACGGCCGAUACCUGACAGCAUCAGCCAUGUUCAGGGGAAAGAUGAGCACCAAGGAAGUGGAUGAGCAAAUGAUCAACGUGCAAAACAAGAACUCAUCCUACUUCGUUGAGUGGAUUCCCAACAACGUUAAGUCAAGUGUGUGUGACAUCCCUCCCAAGAACUUGAAGAUGUCGUGCACUUUCAUUGGAAACUCCACCUCAAUUCAGGAGAUGUUCAGAAGGGUGAGUGAGCAAUUCACUGCAAUGUACAGGCGCAAGGCCUUCUUGCACUGGUACACCGGGGAAGGAAUGGACGAAAUGGAGUUCACUGAGGCAGAGAGCAACAUGAACGAUUUGGUAGCAGAGUACCAGCAAUAUCAGGAUGCUACUGCUGAUGAGGAUGAGUACGAUGAUGAGGAUGAGGAUGGGGAGCAUGCUUUCGAGGACCAGUAAAUUGUUCAUCACUACCUUGUUUUAAUUACUAAAUUUGCUGCUAGUAGUCACGUAUCCAAGGUUUUAAAACCUGUUGAUAUCACAAACAAAUCCUGUUGAUAUGGUCCCAAUUGCGAUCACAACUGCGGAAAGUUUUUUAAAACCUUAAUGUAUCUAUGCCUGUCUCUGUACUUUUUUUCCAUUCUACCUAUUUCUCCUAUAUUUUAGUUUUAAUUGAGUAUUAAUUACUUUUGAAAUUGUUUGAUAUGUUCCCCGCAGACCAUAUUGUUGGUUGUUGUUCUAUAAUGUAAGUGUAUGAAUAAGAAAGGGUUGACUUAUCUAGAA